CUCUGACGGUGUGUGAUUCGGAUACCCGCCCGCCCAGACGCCAAUUGAGGCCAAUGCCUCGUUCUUGAACGAAUCACCACGAUCAAGGCCUCCCCCCGAAACAAUGGCAUCCUUUGCCCCCGUGCGGCCGGCCCUCAGGGCAGCCCUCCAACCAUCAACGACAACCUGCAGCAUCCUCGCCCGCCAAUUCAGCACGACUCUCCCUCAGCAGACAAAGACCAUCAAGCCUCACCUCCUCCCCUCGCGGCUGAUUCCUCCCUACCCCUACGGCGAGCGCCGGGUCUACAAGCAGUCGAACCGGGGCCUGUACGGCAGCGCCCGCAUCCGCUUUGGCAACACGGUCGCGGAAAAGUACAACAACAAGGCCCGCCGCUUCUGGAGGCCCAACGUCCACGUCAAGAGCUUCCACCUCCCCGCCGUCGACGCAAACGUAAAGACCCGCUUGACACUCCGCGUCCUUAAGACCAUCCGCCGAGAGGGUGGCCUGCAGGAGUACCUCCUCAAGAGCAAGCCUGCGAGACUAAAGGAGCUGGGACCUGGAGGAUGGAACCUGCGUUGGUUGCUGAUGCAGUCGAGGGAUAUUCAAAAGAGGUUCAAUGAGGAGAGGGUGGCGCUGGGCAUGCAGCCAAAGGAGAUUGAGAACAGGGACGAUGUUAUCCAGUACGCUCUGGACUUUGCCACGCCUGGUCCCCUGAGCAUGCGCAGUCGCCAGACGCUAUCCGAGCUCAAGGCCGCCUCGGUCCAUGAGUUUGUACUGGGAGAUGAGGAUCUGGCGGAUCUCGAGGGUGUUGAGGAGCUGACGGACGAGGAGGAGGCGCUGCUGUUCAAGGAGCUUGACAAGGCAGAGGCCGACCUCAACACGACGACGACAAAGGACAACGUUACGGUAUAAAUGUUUCAUGUAUUAUAUGUACCAAAAGCCCCUUGUUUCUCAUAUCAAACGCCAAAACAACCCUUGUAUCACCAACCGCCCAGAAGCUCAAGAUAGAAAAAAGACAUAUUCUUUUCA